GAGACACAGAACGCUAAGCACAAACCAGCUAAGAAGACUAGGGCUAAACGUCGUAGGAUUUAGUAGACGUCAAGCACGGGUAUACUUUUAUUGCUUCAACAUUACUAUAUGCGUAUUUUUAUUGUUUGGUGUGAAUUCCAUUUUGUGCCUUUGUCUAAGCUCUUGACAGUUUUAUGUAUUUGCAAUUAAUUUCUUAUAGACGUGACUCGGCAAGGAAUUUCUAAUUGAAAUCGAUUUAAUAUUCAAUAGGUUUAAAGCUGUUUAGUAAUCUGGAAUUAUUACAGCCUCAAGUUUGAUUGAAUUUAUUCUAACCGAUUUACAAGUUAUUGAUAUUGGUUUGCUUAAUCAGCAGUAUUUUUUCUUUUAGCUUGGUUUUUAAUCGAAAGAAUAGAUGAUGAUAGAAAUGAUUAUAUUCACUUGCAUCUGAAGCAAGUUUAUUUUGUCAAAAAACUGUUCUAGUGAUAGCUCUGUGCCAAUGUUAGUAUGUUUUAAAUACGUUAACCACGAUAGUGCAAGUUUGCUUAUACUCUGUUAGAGUAGAUUAAAAAAAAUGUUCGCGUGAACAAAUCUUGUUUUUCAAAAUAACUGAGGGUGUAACUUGUGUAUUUGCAAGUUAGAUUGUUCAAUGAAAGAGUAUAUAAACUUAUUAAUGUUACUCCGAGUAAAACAAAACCGCAGGAGCUGGUCUAGGAAAUUUCAAGAACGAAAGCAGUUCUUGGGCGGGCUAUUAGCAGUCUCUCGCCGUAAAAUCUCGCGACGACGAUAAUAAAGGAGUAAAGCGAGAAAAAGUCGAGUGGCGAAAAAAAGGAAGAGAGAUAAAGGCCGCACGAACGAAAGUUAGAAAAAGAAAGUGCGCGCCGCCCGAACGAGAAUAAAAGUGCGCGGCGUUAUAUGACCAGCGGCGAUAUAAAAAGCGAAAAGAGAGAAUUACUGUUUUUGGUCGAACUCUUUUCAGGCGAUUUACGCGGCUUUUCGGACGGUUUGAAUACGCUUACGGCGCCGACUUUUUUUUCACGGUUGGUUGUAUAGGUACAGUGAAAGUUUCGUAUUCAGUGUCUUGAGAAUUUUCGAGUAAUAUACGUUUAUAUUUGUAUAACUUUUGGUUAUUUCACAUCCCUGAAAUGUGUCUAUGAAACUUGAGGCGCAGUUCAAAUGUCUAAUUUCUCGGAUUACAUGACGUUUAUGCACUUGAUACAUUCGUUAUGAUGUUCUAUUUCGUACUUUCGUAUAAUUUUGUUAUUCGACAAUUAUAGUGCAUCGUUUUUCUGCUUUGAUCAAUCGAUACAUGCUAUCUCAUCAAUUUAUUCUCAAUUCAAUGGGAGAAUGCAAGCAAAAAAUGUAUUUCCCCGCCGCGAUUGUAAUUCAGCGUGAAAAUGUUGUCGUCACGUAUAAAAUCAAUUCAACAAGUUUUGAAUCUCUUAUCGAUCAAAAGAAAAAAAAGCACAACCGAUCGUCUCUUACUCCCAUCUCGAGUUCUCGAUGCGUAUCUACCUUGAUCCACACACACAGAAGAGGAAGAAAAAAAAAUGAGACGACGACCAGGUGAGAGCGAAAAAUCCAAAAGAGAGAGACAGAGAGAGAUGCUGCGGAGAGAGCGAGCGCCUUUUCCUCGUCGUCGUCGCGGCUCAUCACAGUCGGCUGCGCGGAGCCCGAUCACUCGUUUCGUUCCGCGGGACUCGCGCGCGCGCGCUCACGCAUCGGUCGACCCGCGACCGACCAAGAUACUAUAUACGCACACGUAUGGACGCUCGACAUGUGCAGAUAAGAUAUAGUGCUGCUAUUGUGGUGUUGGAUCUGUGUAAAGUUGGUUUUCAAUACAGUGCGGAAGAUUGAAGAGAGAAACUUGGACUGGAUUUUUCGGUCAAGGUGAUUUUUCCUGUCGCUAUAUUUCGUUUGAGUUCAACGAAUUGCUGAAGUCUGCUGGAUCACAGAAAGAUCGUGGCCUGGUUCCGUGUCCCACAUCGUAUAGACUGGAGGAGGAGAUGCCGGCCGAGGAUGAUAUGAGCGACUGACUCCUACUACCUAUACCACUCCUUUCUUUUUUUCUCUCUCUACUUCUCUUUCUCUGAAACUGGGAAGAGGACGCUUGUUGGAUUUCUUUUGGGAUACAAGCGAAUGGAGGGGAUGAGGCGGUGCAGGACUAUGCAGGUCCUGUCGGUGCUGAUGAUGGUCCUGAUGAUGAGGAUCGGAGUCGAGUGUCGUAGGAACGAUAAGUUUCUUGUGCAGUUUGAUACACCAGAGCAGCAGGCGACGCUGGAAAACGGCAUCGGUUCGCACGACCAGCUGCGCUUCUUCGACGAGCUUGGAUUGAUUCCCCAGACGUGCAAGUACAAAGGCGCGAAAUUCGAAUGUGGACUGAGCAUCAGCUGUGUACUGGGUGGUGGCAGGCCGGUCGACCUCUGUUCUGGCGGUAUGAUUUGGAGCUGCUGUGUCGACGAUGACGAUAUUCCCGAUAAGAUAACGAAGCCCAGUGGCGUCGGCCUUCUGCAGAAUGCCAGUUGCGGCGAGCUGUACACUAGAAGUAACAGGAUAGUUGGUGGACAUAGUUCGAGUUUUGGUAGUCAUCCGUGGCAGGCAGCCAUAAUCAAGUCGGGCUUCCUGACGAAGAAGCUCUCGUGCGGUGGUGCACUGUUGAACAAUCGCUGGGUCGUUACCGCUGCUCACUGCGUCGCCACGACACCGAAUAACAAUCUGAAAGUCAGACUCGGCGAGUGGGACGUCAGAGAUUCUGCGGAGCGGCUGCUGCACGAGGAAUUUGCCAUCGAGAGGAAGGAGGUCCACCCACAGUACUCACCGACAGACUUUCGGAACGACGUGGCUCUGGUAAAGCUGUCGCGGGUCGUAGCAUUCAAGCAACACAUAGUCCCGGUCUGUUUACCGGCUAGAAGUCUGAAAUUGCAAGGUCGCACUGCUACAGUCGCAGGAUGGGGCAGAACGAGGCAUGGACAGACCUCCGCUCCUACUGUUCUCCAAGAAGUUGAUGUCGAGGUCAUUCCCAACGAGCGCUGUCAGAGGUGGUUCCGAGCGGCCGGACGUCGCGAAACGAUACACGACGUCUUCCUCUGCGCCGGUUACAAGGAAGGUGGAAGAGAUUCUUGUCAGGGAGAUUCAGGUGGUCCGCUGACGAUGUCCGUCGAGGGUCGACACGUGCUGAUCGGCCUCGUUUCCUGGGGAAUAGGCUGCGGUCGCGAGCACUUACCCGGUGUCUACACCAACAUCCAGAAGUUCGUACCCUGGAUUGAUAAGGUCAUGAGCUAAGGACUUUUAAUCGUGCAAUGUAUUAUCUCAGUGACGAUGCCUACUAUGGACAAUCUUUCAAGGUGUUUAUUCGCGUGUUCACUAUGUGUAUGAUAUUUAUUUCUGUGAAGCUGUCGACAUUUAUUAAAUGCGACAGUAAAUUGAAGUAGUUCGUCAUCAUCAACGUCGGAUUCGAUCCGAGAAUUAAAGCAAAGGGAUGGUCCUCAAAGUUACCAAAGGUUUUUAUCUACUCAUUUUUUUUUCUUUAGACUGAUGAUCGACCUUCGAGAUUUAUUGAGGUCCUUUUAACGUGUUUUUUCCUUAGCGCGAGAUAUGUAUACUUUAAAUAUAUAUUCACGUCAAACCAGAAUCAAAAGCGAAGGAGGAUUUCGCGUUUAUUUAUUGAGAACCAUGAUGCUAUUCUAAAGACAAGAUUGCAUGCUAUUGAAUAUUUUUUUGUACAUUAGAUUAAAAAAUUUUAAUUAUGAAAAAUUUAUCAAAAACGAAGAAAAAACAAUAACGUAUGUGUAUUUCAACGUUUGCUGUAACGUUGCAUUGUAAUUUAUGAGUAUUUUGUAAAAUUAUCUUCCUACUUUUGGAAAUAAAAGACGAAAUAAAAAGAAUCUGAAGUUUAUCAGUGGUCACUCAAAACUUGGAACUCGGAUAAAUUAAGACACAAGAAGAAGACACACAGUAUUGAGAGCUGCUAACAAAUUUAAUAAAUUUAAUGUUAGAGCCAUUAUGAGUAACAUUUUCCUCGUAACAAACGUUGUGCUUCUUUCUAAAAUAUAAAUACGAUCUCAAAUCACAUUCUAUUUACAUCGAAACUGUAUGUAUAACAUUACAAGUUACGUGUCGCACACGUUUAUAAGGUUACGAAUUCCAUACCGCGUUUUCAUAUUCUCACUUUAAUAUACUUGUUUGUUUUUUAUUUACUUCACUUUGUCCUUUCGUGUAUUCAUAUCCCUAUACUUAUGUUUUUUUUUUAAUUUAUCUCCUAUGCUCUCGUUUACUCCUGUCACGCGCACUCGUGCUACGCAGUCGUUAUAUAUUUUUUCUGUUCGCCCGAUUCGGUGUGUCGUGUAUAGCACUCGCCGGUCGUGUCUUUCUCGUUCUAUUCACGCGCAAUUAUUACAUAGUAGAGU